GUCAUAAAUGGAACUUCAACGGCGCGAUUAUUUGAUUUGUAUAAUGGAGUCUCUGAAACGAGUGAUUUUCAGCCUUUUAUUCCUGCCACUUCUCCCCGUCUGCAGAGCGGAGGAUACAGUCCAGGUUGUGAGCCAGUCAGAACCAGUUUUGGCCAUCGUAGGUGAUGAUGUCAUCCUCCCUUGUUCUCUGAGAACCACCAUCAGAACCGUCAGCGCUGUUGGUGAAUCAGUGGAGUGGCAGAGACCAGACCUCCAACCUAAAGAGGUGCAUUUCUACCGUAGCCGUGAGGACUACAAUGAUGACCAGAACAACAACUACAGAGGAAGGACGUCUCUGUUUAAAGAAGAAAUGAAGAAAGGGAACAUCUCCUUAAAACUGACCAGAGUGAAAUUCUCUGAUGCUGGAAAAUACACCUGCUUUGUUCCAACACUAAAAGGUUCUUUUCAGAAAGACUCUGUUCAACUCAUUGUUGCUGCAACUUCUUCUCCAGAGAUCUCUAUUGUGGGAGUUGAUGACAUGGGAGUCAUCCUAAAGUGUGAGGCUGGAGGGUUGAUGUACAGACCUGAGAUGACCUGGCUGGACAGUGAUGGAAACAUCCUCCCUGAUGGAUCUACAGAGACAGAGACAGACUCAGAGGGUCGCUACACUGUGAGAGGACAUGUGACCACCCAGAAGACUGACAACAACACGUUCACCUGUAGAGUUCAACAGCAGCAGAUCAACCACAAGAUGGAGACAGAGAUUAAUGUCCCAGAUCGAAUGUUUCCUGAGCCAUGCCAGUCCUGGUGGAGGGCCUGGGGGUUUGGGGGUCUGACCUGGGGUCUGUUUGUAUUGGUUGUUGUAGUUGUAGUUCUCUACAUCCUGAAGAGUAAAGCUCUACUGCACUGGAGAAGAGGAGGAUUAAAAAACGAUCCACAAAUAAACAGGACGUCUCUGCAGAAUAAGAUUCCACUGUUGAAUGGGAUUUCGAAUGGGAAUGCACUGUCCAAUGGGAAUCUGCAAAACGGAUUCUUGCCCAAUGAUGUUGAGGGUGGUGUCUAGGACAUGGAUGCCAGCAGCUCUUCGGUUUUCCUGCUGGACCUGGAAUUCUCUAAUUGGACAUUGUAGUGGUGGAAUUGAACAGUUAUUGACUGGAGACACGUCAACCUCUACUCCAGACUACCUGAAUCUCCUUGGGGCACUGAGCCUGUGUCUGGGGGGUUGCAGCAUCUCUACUUAUGUCUGUGGAGGCUGGUUACUGUCCCUCCUCUGAAUGUAAAAGACUUGAAGACUUUUGACCGCUCUGUGUUGUAAAUAAUGGACCCAGGAACACACAGCAGGUUAUGUACUGUAUGAUACAAUACACACAGUAUAUCACAAAAGUGAGUACACCCCUCACAUUUUUGCAAAUAUU